AGCAGCAGCAGCAGCAGCAGCAGCACCAGCAGCACCAGCAGCACCAGCAGCAGCACCAGCAGCGAUGCUUUGCCGAAUGCAUCUGGCACCAUUCGCCUCCAGCGCCCUGGCCUCCCAGCUGGGCACCGUGAGGACCCUCUGGCCGCACGCAGAGACCAUCUUCACUGAGCUGCAGCAGGAGAUGGAGAAAGCUCGGGAGUUCAUGAGCAGCUUCGAGCAGCUCCUGAGCAGCCAAGCAGCCAACGCCUUGGAGCGAGCCCCGCGCACCAGCACUGCCCUGACCCAGGGCUCCGGUGAGGGCUUCUCCAUCUGCCAGGACGUGAAGAACUUCACCCCCGAGCAGCUGUCGGUGAAGAUGGUGGGCAGGAAGGUGGUGCUGGUGGGGCAGAAGGAGACGCAGAACGUCGAUGACAAAGGCUCCUUCUCCUACAAGUACGAGGUGCUGAAGCGCGAGUGGGACGUGCCCGAGGAGGUGGACGUCGAGGCGCUGACGUGCUCCCUGUCCAAGGAGGGGCAGCUCCGCAUCGAGGCCCCCCGGCUGGCACUGCCGGCUGCCCCGGAGAGGAACGUGCCCAUCCAGGUCAGCACCACAGCCUCGCAUCCUGGAGCAGCCACCCAGGACGGAGCUGCCACCAAAGCUCAGGUGUAACAGGACGGAGCCGGCAGCCAGCGGCAGGACCAGAGCGAGUGCCGGGCGUUAGCCUGGACAAGCUCCAUCAAUGAUGUCAGUUUUCAUUACACUGGAAUGCUUUUGUAUCCAAUAAAAGUACUUUUGCAUGGAA